CAAUGUUUUGAGAUCUCGCCGCACGAGGUCUCCAAGGUCGAAGCAGGAUUUGUGUGGCUCUCAUAAACACCCUCGUUAAGUCGAAAUAGUAACCACAUAGCUGUUAACGCCUUGUAAACAUGCCGAUUGCAUAUCUAACACGAAAAGAAGCGAUAUCCUGUUCUCAUCGUUUACACAGUGAACAACUGAGUGAGGAAGAAAACAAAUUGCUGUACGGAAAAUGCAACAAUUUUUGGGGACAUGGUCAUAAUUACACGGAAGUAACUGUUCGUGGACCUGUACAUCCAAUAGAAGGCAUGGUUAUGAACAUAUCACAUUUAAAAAUAUACAUGGGCAAGGUACUGGAUCAAAUGGAUCAUAAAAAUUUAGAUAAAGACUUAGAUUAUUUCAAAAGUACAGUAUCGACAACUGAAAAUAUUGCCAUUUACAUAUUUGAAGAAAUCAAAAAACAGAUGCCACAACCCGAAUUAUUAUAUGAAGUCAAAGUUUGUGAAACUGACAAAAAUAUGGUAUUUUAUAGAGGAGAAUAGAAUUCUCUUUCUUUCUGUACUGAAAAAUGAAAAUUUAAUAAAUAAAAAAACAUAUAAUGACCAAUAA